CCUCCCUAUUUAUGGACACCCAUGGAUGACUUGGCGUCUGGCAUGUGAUGUAUGCUUCAUGAUGAAACUGGCGAUAGUAGAGGAGGGGGCCGAGGGUUCUUGGAGGUGAGUUUCAGCACGUUUGAGCGCGCGACGAAUUGCGAACCGCACAAAGCAGAAGUCGCAGCAACUGCCAAACCUUAAUUCCCGAAUCCAAUUGCAACCAUCAACAUGUCCAACAAGAACAUCUCCGAGGCUUUAGGCCAGUACCUCCUACAAGGCUACACCAUGCUAAACACCGUCCACGACUGCGGUGCCGGCGUACCACUCAUGCGGAGUCGUGCCGGUGAAGUGAUUUGCGUCCGAUGUAUCAACAAUAUCCCGUCAAAAGAUGCAGAAGUCGCCGAAAAUCAGGUUGACGAGAUCGAGAGCGAUAUCGACGAAGACACAGCUGCAGACGAGCCCGAGCAAGCCUCUACAUCUGCGCCGACUGACUCCAAAGCACGUCAAGAGCAAUCGUCCCGUGCCUCCUCCCUCAUCGGUGAGAAACUGCUCCAAGGCUGGGCAAUGCUCAAUUCCGUAUGCUCGAAUGACACAUGUUACGGGGUUCCUUUGUUGCGAAACCCGAAGGAUAGGAGGGAGUAUUGUGUUAUUUGUGAGCGAGCAUAUGUUGACGGAGAAGAAGUUCCUCCCUCGCCAACUCUGGUCGAUCAUGAAAAAGAAUCCGCAAAUGCACGGCGCGUGCCUGUGGAGGAGUCAUCCAAUCAAAGUGAUUCCCGUGCCGCAGAUACUGUCAUAACGUCGAUAGCACCUGCUACGCUUGAUGAUCAUGAGAUGUCCACCGCUGUCUCUGCUGUCCCAGAUACCACGACCCCUCGAACCACCCACACCAACACCAGUACCGCAACCGCCGUCGACGACGCAAUUCAAGCCAUAACCGCACUCCUCGAACACGAUACUAAGGUACUGAGACCUACCACCGAUCAUGCGACGAUUGUGGAGGCGUGUCAGAGGAUGGAGAGUUUGGCUGGUGCGUUGGAGGCGCUGGCGAGGGUGAAGACGAUGUUGUGAGAGGAUAGAGCAGGUAGUUGGAUUGAGUAGUAGGGAUCGGUGUUGGUAGACCAGCCAAAGCGAUAAGGUUUUGCGGGCGCGU